AUGCCUUCAGAUUUGGUGAAAUUUCUAUAUCUUCUCGCUUUCAUCUCAAUCACAUUCGCUUUUUUUCGAUCACGCGAUGAGUCGUUGCCACAAAGGAGAGCUUAUGAGUAUCCGAACAUUGGCGCAAUGAUGAGAACAUUUGGAAAGAGAGCUUAUCAUGCCUCCACUGAUGAGUUACCCAAUUUCGCUGGAUGGAUGCGAGGGAAAAGAUUUGAUCAAGACUACACUCUCUAC